GGAUGGUUCAGUCCAGGUCAGGUGUUUGUGCUGGAUGAGUACUGCGCCCGCUACGGUGUGAGGGGCUGCCACCGCCACCUCAGCUACCUCCGGGACCUGAUGGACUACUCUGAGAACAACACCCUGGUCGACCCAACCCUUCUACAUUACAGCUAUGCCUUCUGCGCCUCCCACAUCCAUGGCAAUAGGUACGUACAUCAACAAGCUCCACAAACUAGUUACAUAAGUGUUGUACUAAAGCAACUACAGGUUUUUGCUUUUACUGUUUGCUGAACUGAAAUGUUGUCUCCGGAGCUCAGAUGGUCAAUGUCAAGAUUAUUUUAAUUUAAUCUAAAACCAGUGAAAAGACUCAUCCCACUGGACAAAAACUGGUUGAAUCAAUGUGGGAAAUUAAUUGGAUUUGCAAAAAGUCAUCAACAUGAGGGCAUUUCGUCUUGUUUUCACCCAACUUUUAACCUAAAUACAAUGACAUUAUUAAUUUCUACACACUUUCUCAAACGAUAUAUGUUUGAGGGUUGUCAUUUAGAUUUAACCAAAUAUCCAAGGUUUUUACACACACAAAAAUAUUCAUGACCACCAAAUAAUUAUAAUGAAAUAUAAUCUUAUUUUCAAGACAUUAGUUGGUACAGUACUUUUCUGAAAAGCACAAGUCAUUUGUUUCUUGUGUUUAGUCUGAUAUGAGCAGUAUACCUUGGCCACUUGUCAGCUUAACAGCUCCACUCUGUUUCCCUCUUACUGAAGGCAUCCGCAUGCUUCCCAUUAUAUAUGAUUACAUUUUGUGAAACGUUUGUUUGUUUUCGGGGAUUUUUUUUUCCGGUUGUUCGUGCACACAAAAUGUUUUCCCUGAGGUAAGCCGAAGUUCGUUAGCCGACGUCUGCGACUUGAAGUGUUUGUCGUCAUUCAACGAGACAACUACUUUUCAUGCAACAUUUGACUAAGACCUCUGCAAAAACUUCCAAAUUAAUUACAGAUUUCUUGAAUUACUGUAUCUUAGAUUCAUUCUGACUAUUUUGAGGAAGUGUAUACUGGCUACGGUGUCUCAAGAGGGACCAACAGUACUAUUUCCGCUUUUCAAGCGAAGUUAUUUUAAGGGAGAAUGGGAGGCACAGACGUUCACUUCGUCUAGCCGAGUUCUGCUAGGAGCAGUAUGCAGACGCCUUUACUGUUCUCUUACGGCUAUUAGUUUCCCACUUACCUCAAAUAACCCCAUGCUUGACUUUCCCUGUGAUAAAUGCUAAUAUAUGUGCUUUCUCUCUUUGUUGAGUAAUUUAGCCAAUUAGAGACCAUAAUGAUUAGCCUCUGAGUAAUCACCAUGUAUAAAAAGGGGAGAUUGCUGGAACUGGCUUUUUGUCAGUUGGAGUUCUAAUUUGAAUAAUUGAUGCCUAUUCAGUGCUCUGAUGCUGCCAGAGAGGGUGUGGAAGAAGGCAUCGGGUAGCAUAAGGCCACAGACAAAGAUGGAGGUAGCUUUAUGCAACAGCCUUAUACAAUCUGUAACUUACUUGUCUUUGUAAAUGAAAAGGGGUGGGUCUUGGCGAAUGUAACAUUUAUUUUAAAUUAUAUAAAAAAUCUGUCAGAUCUGCCAUAUACAAAACCCAUGCCUUUUCCUUGUGAUGUGUGUGUGCACCCUUGCAUUUUGGGGUUAGCCUUUGCACUUUGAGACCAAUAGUUGUCAAAGAACUGGUUGAUUUUGAGGGUACUAUUUCCUUAUCAGAGCUGUCAUUUUUUAGCUGUCAUAGGUUAGAUGCUGUUGCACAAAAUUACAUUUCCGCCAGUACAUUUCCCUGUACGUAGUCUUUCAUAAUCACACUCUUUGUACAAUGGUUGUGAAAAGGACUUGUGAUUUCUGGAAAAAGGUGUUCCUUGAAAAGGGGACACUUGCUAACUUUGUGACAACUUUCUGUGGAUCACUGGUUUUGAUUGGCAGAUGACGAAAGAGUGGACUCAUUGAGCUUUGUCACCAACAUGGGUCCGUGCAGGUGUGGCUCCAAUCUUCAUGGAGACAGGUGUGUUUGGAGUGGAGCAAGGUUACAGGAGCCCAUGGCAAGGGGAGUGAAAGGGCAGCACUGUAUGUCGUUACGAGCCGUGUGAAGAGUGACAGCGGACACAUCAUCUUCUGCUCACCUCCUUCUCACCUGUCACUUCAUAUCCCCCGCCUCUCAGAGCCGUCCGGCUCUCAUGGGCUCGGAAUGUGACAGGAGCUUUUACUUCUGACUCCCCAUGCCACCCGUCCUGUCUCUCCUAACUGCCAGCCAUGUCUGUUCCCCAUGCUGCUAAAGGGAGGUGACACACACGGUGCGCUGCCACGCGUGGCCACCGCCUCACCGUCAGAUGACGCCCACUCCGUCGGAUGUGAUUUACCCAGAAAUCCGGAGGUUUGGAGCGUGGUCGAAGACGACAGUCAUCACUUACAGAUGAGCCGUAUCCACUGUAAACACCCUGACAUGAAACUACAGAUGUCCCGACAAGACUGCAGUAACCUACAGCCCCAUCCUGGAGCCUGUUAACCCUUUGUGAGUGGGGGUCAGCGUUUAGCCCCAACUCAAACACGCUUGCUUCAUUAAGCAUCAACAAUGCGUCUACCCUCGACAAGCUGUCGCACCGCUCCCAACUCUGACGUGUGCAGCCAAGCAUGACAGGAAGUUUGAUUGGAUUUGAUAGCAGUUGGAGAAAAGCUAUUGUGGGAAGCCAGUUACAAGCACAGGGGUUCUACUUGAGAUUUUAAUGGCCUAUCAGGGUAUUUUCAAUUUGGCCUGGUGCCAACUUUUUGUUGUUAACAAGGCAGGCUUAGAGUGCUCAUAUCCUUGCAACACUUUGAAUGUUACAAGGAUACCAACAUAGAGAUGGUAUGUAUCAGAGGACUGAACAACUGAAGUGACAGUCUGUUCUUUGUCCGACUCCAUACCACAUAACUGUCAGUAGUGAUCAACCGUGCAAUCUGAUGUUUUGCUUGUAUUAAUGUGUCUAUAUUUGUAUAAGGCAUGUUCCCUUUGCUAAAUGAACAGAUUCCUUAUCCUUGUCAAUAGAAUUUCAGCAACUGGUCAGCUCACAGGACCCAUGGGCUUGGGCUGGGACUAAGGCCUAUUGCAGGGAUCAUCAACUAGAUUCAGCCAUGGACAGAUUUUUUGUCUUGAGCGGAUGGUUGGGGUAGCAGAACAUUAUUACAAAUAAUUUGUAAACUGCAAGAAGCCCAAACAGAUAUAAUAUUUAACUAAAACAUAAUAAAUUCAAACCUUGCUUACAUUUGUAUACGAUCACGUGUCUCUCUCUUAUGCGUGGGAAUACUUGUGAACAGAGUUCCAAAAUUUAAAUCACUUGGAGCUGAUUUCCUGGUGUUUUUUACAGUAUUUUAUGUCCAAUAAUGAAAAUGAUAAAUAAUAAAAAAUAUAUAUGUUUACUUUUUUUUGCUAAAACCACAAUGGCCCGCGGGCCGCUGUUGGGGAACCUUGGCCUAGUGUAUGACCAAAGAAUGGGGAGGGAGGGCUGCCUGACAUGGCCCUUGUAUCUUCAUCUGGACAGUGUGAGGGAGGAACAGAACAAGAAAUCCACUCCCUUCUUUUUACCACGACAUGAAAGAAAAUGUCCUUGCCCAUCCCAAGAGUGAGCACACUCGCCCACCCCUCCAUAGGACUAUCCUUUUAGUGUUCCUUUGGGAUUAGCUGGUGCUUGUUAAAGGGGGUGGCAGCAGGGGGGAGUUAAUGAAUUGACAGAUUUAAGGAACAACAGGGUUUACAAGUAGUCCUUACAAAUGUUGUUGUGAAGAGAGGGCUGUUUUUCAUUGUAGACCAGGGCUUUUGGGGAUUGAACGGAGAGAAAUUGAAUUGAAGGCCUGAUGUUCAGACACAAUACAAUACAAGCUUUCAUUGUCACUCCAUUUCUUGAGAUUCUUUUUUAUGGAGUCCUUUAUGACAGCUAAUUACCUUUUUACAUUUCUAAUGUGAGGUUUAUUAUUUUACUCUAAAACCAGGCACAUGUUUGAUUGGAUGGUUUACACUCGAAUUUAUUCCAGAAUUACCUUAGUUAGCUUUUUUUCUAAGUCUCUUGGCAGAGUAAAAACAGACAAAAAACAACAAACAAUUAGUAAAUGCUUCAUAAUUAAAUUGCAAUUUACAAUUCAGUUUCUCUGUUUCAACUUCAAGUUACGAAUAUUGUUGCAGAUGCAUCUCGUUCUCCCCUGCUAGAGGCUAAUACAUCAUGUUCAGUGUCUCACUGCAUAGGCUUUUAUAAGCACAACUCAUUACCACAGACAACCUCUCCCCCCUCCUCUUGGCGAAAGCGAGUGUCGUUUUGAGGCAGCGCCUUUCUCUUUCAGCUGAAAGAAGCCCAGGAAGUCAAGGUUAGCAGUCCGGGUAGUGAUUGCAUUUUCUUCUCUUUCCCCAGAGUGCCUAUUAAUGGGAAAGCAAGAAGGGAAUGGAAGCUUUACAAACAUUAAAGGGGCAAUCUGUGAUUGCUACAUCCAUUUGUUGACUUUAUUAAUUAAUUGUAUAUAGCCAUUGAUUCUUGAGAAAUAUAACUUAAAUAAAUGAGCAACUGUCUAAUAAUAAUAUUAUAAUAAUAUGCCAUUUAGCAGACGCUUUUAUCCAAAGCGACUUACAGUCAUGUGUGCAUACAUUUUACGUAUGGGUGGUCCCGGGGAUCGAACCCACUACCCUGGCGUUACAAGCGCCAUGCUCUACCAAUUGAGCUACAGAGGACCACCCAUACGAACCCAAUCAGAACCCAAAAUAUAAGCUUGUUUUUUUUAACAUUGUUUGUAAACAAUGUAAUUCUAAACAAACACUGUGUAUUUUCAAAACAUGGUUAAAACUAUAAUUUUGAUUUCAUGGAUGGUCAGUCCUUGCAUCCAUAACCCAGUCUAUGAAUUUCAGUGGUUACUUUACUCCAGCCCCAUCCCUCAGCUGUUUACCCAAAAUGGUGGUGGGGUGUCUGCUUUGUUGUUGUUUGAACUGCAGAUUGCCCCUAUAAUGAAAUGCUCAUCAAACUUUUGUGUGUUUUUUUUCAGGCCGGAUGGGAUAGGCUCUGUCACUGAGGAAGAGAGAGAACAGUUUGAGGACAUAAGAAGCCGUCUCCUGUGUCUAUUGGACAACCAGAUCAUCCAUUUUAGGUACUACUUCCUCUACGAUUGACAUGAUUACAAACAAUGGUAUGUAGGCUUCAUGACAUUUUGUCAGUAAUGCACUAGUAACUGAGUAUAAUAAGAACCUUGCAUACAUUUAACCCCCUAAGGUCUAAUUAGCAUAAUCAAAAAAUCCCCAUAACAAUCUGUCAGUUUAAGAUAGAGAUAUGUUUUUUCACAAAAUCCCAAUCGUCUGUAGAGUCCGAAUGGUUUGGCCUACAAACUAUUAUGACCCCUCUAUGGAAAGCGUUUUGGGACUUGUCUGAAGUCGGUACAGCCGAUCUGCCAACUUCUGUCUGUAGUGUCCGAACAGUUUGGGCUACACACUACAUGUCGGUUGUUUUGCUCUAGGACGCCCACAGGCCUCACAAGACUCGUCUGAAAGUCCCCUGGUACCAGUUGAAAGAAAUUAAUGGAUGUAUAUAUGGACACUGUUUAGUGCCAAAGGGGGUUAAAUACAUGUAAAAAUAAAAUGUUUCCUGAUAUCUCUAAGAAAUAGGACAGACACUUCAGAACAAACUUCCUUAAGAUUGUUUUGGGGGGACUAUCUGUUGUUCUAUGUAGUGAAUCUGUUAUUCAAUGCGUUUGUAUGGGCUAAUAGCAGUAAGGGCAAAACAUUUUUUUCAUCAAAUAACCCCUCCCCUGGCUUAGACAGGGCUUAGACUCGUAUGGGUUGAACAGGUGCAAAAUUGGGUAUAUUGGAUUCUUAGUCCUCCCUACAUCUGUGAGCUGCUAUUCACCAUUAUUGCCUUGUAUGGCCUUAUUGUCAGGGCCGUGGACACAGAUCCAGACCUUGAAGGAUGGUUUGUUCAAUGAACUUGCCCCAUUCAUAUCCCUGAACUUUGGUGUUUCAAGCCCCUUCAUCCCUGUGAAGGGCCCUCCAUCUGGCGCCAAGGAGGAGAGAGGGUGGAUGGGGACAUGGAGUUGGCAGAGGGCUGUUGAAAGCAGCAAGAGUCAUUAGCAACACUCCUCAACGAGAGGCUAAUGGCAGUAAACAAUAGCCUAGACAAUUUUGGGAUUAUGCUGAUAAGCAGCAAACCGGAGCGGGGUGCGUAUAGUUUGUUUAGGAUUAAAGGGGAACACAGCGAAGUUGAUUAAGAGCUAUUAGUGGUUUGGUAAUUCCUCACCACGCACUAAGAAGGGACACGUUUGACGGCGAACACCUCAAAUCCACUUUAAAAUAUGAUAUCCACAUUUAGGAGAGAUGUUGUCCGGUAGUUCAGCUUGUUACCAGUCAAGAGGACCAGAGUCCCCAGAGAAUGUGUGGUCAUGGGCAUGGGGUAUGUAUUGGCUGGUGCAAUCAAAUUUCCCCUCUGGGGGAUUAAUAAAGUACUAUCUUAACUUAUCUUAUUUGCCUCCCACUUCUGACCUCUACUUUGUUGAGGCUUCAUCACCCACAGUUUAACCUACAUAUUUGUGCCGAUCAGUGUCUUAUCUGUAGUCAAUAGAUGUCCUGCAUUAUGUAAUGCAUUGGCUUCCUUUCAUGCAUUAAAGGGCAAAUCCACCAAUAAACUAUCUUAUGGUAUUUGUUUCAUUAGUCCAUUGUUGACAUAGUGCCAAAAUGUUUUGCUUGUCAGCAAUCAAGUUUUCAAGAUAUGUAACUUUCAAAAUACAGAAAUCAUCCCCCGUAUGAUGCGUCGUGAUGCAAAACGCAGUUAAGCAUUCCCACAGUAUCGUCCUUGUUCUUAAGAAAUGAGGGUGUAGAUGCACUGUCCACUCACACUUGUGUCCACAGGUACUGUUUCCCCUUUGGCCGACCAGAUGGCGCCCUCAAAGCGACACUCUCCCUGCUAGAAAGGGUAUGUUUUGCUGAAAAAGUCAGACUAUUGUUAUUAUUUUGAGUCUACAGGUCUCUGCAUUCCGUUACUCAUACUGCAUAUGGCUGUGUAGACAAGAAUGUGUUGCGUUAUCCUUGUGGCCUUCCACUAUAAACAGGUUUUGGGUCACUCCGUUUGCCGUUAGGUUUGCUGAGUCUGUUUUGGUGGAUUCUAGGUUUUGAUGAAGGACAUCACCACUCCUGUUCCUCCUGAUGAGAUGAAGAAGGUGGUCAAAAAAUGUCUGGAGAAAGCUGCCCUCAUCAACUACUCCCAGUUGACUCAAUACGCUCAGAUCGAGGGUUUGUGCAAGCCCGGCUCACACGUGUGGUGA